UUCACUAGUGGGGUUUUGGGCCCUGACUCCCCGUAGUUCCCCAGCAGUUUGCCAAAAAGAAAUCAGAACCCACACACACCACACAACACACGACAAAAACCCAUACACACACAAAACACAGCGAGACAAGGGGCGGAAAAAAAAAAAAGAAGCAAAGAAAUCCUCGGGAGCCUUCCCUCUGUUUUUGGGUUUUGCAUCACUGAUAGGGCCCUGUUCCGCACAAGAUACAUGAGCAUGAGUGGAGAGUUGAAGUCCAGCCGCUCCAGGGCAGCGAGUAAGAGAGCCAGCAACAACAUUUAUGGACCUGAGUUUGACCUGGACUAUGACAGUUACCACGAGGACUACUAUGACAGGGUGUAUGACUACCAGCGUGUGCCGGCAUCUCUGUCUCCUCUGCCCCUGGGACCCAGUCUGGCCAAGCGAUCCCGUUCCUCCUCCUACUCCUCCGGGCACAGACGCAGUCGAGACAGAACCCACUCUAAAAGCUCCAGAGCCCACUCCACUUCAACCACAGCCAAGUUAGGCAUGGAAGAGUUGCAGGUGAUUAAAAAGGAGCUGACUCUGAUAAAGACACAAAUCGAUGGGCUGCUUGACAGUCUUGACAGGAUGGACCCACAGAGGAAUGACCACAAAGGAUCUCCCCUGAGAGAGGACAGUCCAGCUGGCUCCCCGUACGCUCUGUCUGCCAGCAGCCCAGAGCACUCCCUCUCCUCCCUCUCUCCACCCAGCUCCCGUCAUCGAAUCCACAGGGAGAAACCUGACCCAAGGGAGCCAGAUGAUGACCACCACACGAUGAGCAACCACAGCUCUGACCCCGAGGAAGAAAUAUGAGGGAGGAACAUAAGAAGACGUAGAAGACAUGGAUUAAGUGCCAAACAUGGAGGAAGAGAAAAGCAGACGCCAAGCUGACACUCAUAUCCAUGGCUCAACAGGGUGUAGCCUACAUAUCAGAAAACACAAAGCGUUUAAUUGUAUCACAGCAACUUGGUUCCUGUGACUUUUAAGUAAAACUAAAACACUGAUACAGGUGACUGAUAUAAAUCAAGUACACAUCUGAUUAAGAAGAAUUUGGUAUGUUGGACUGAGAGAGUAAUUAUAAAGGACAACUGGAAGCAGUGGCAAACUUAUCUUUUCUAAAUUUGGCCUAAGUAGGCCUUCCCUUUGAACUGUAUGAGAGGAUUUGUACCAAUGCCAGUGUUCCAGUAUUAAUCCGAAUAUUGCAGUAUUAAUCCAAAUGAGACAAUAGGGUUCUCUGAUUAAAACCGUGUAAGCAUUUUACCAAUUUACCUUCCUCACAUUCACAUGUUCCACAUUCUGAAACAGGCAGCACAUGCCAGAAUCUGAUUGUACAUAAAGUAAUAAUUUAUGUGUGGUCUUAUAUCUAGAAUUAGAUAAUGUACAAACAUUAUAGAACCGGGAAUAUAAUUGAAGCAUGGUCAGUUUUUCACCAUGUUAACAGCUUACUUAUAUAUAAUUACUUUCAGAAUAGGGGUAAAACUGGCAUUGUGUGCAUGUACUUUAAUGUGAAAUGAAAAUAACUUCUGUGGAUCACAAAGUAAUUUGACUUGUGAAAGCAAAAUAAAUCGGUACACUCUCAUA